AUGGCGGAUGUUUCCGGCGACGGAGGAGAAAUGGCGACGCCGGCGCCGCUGACGGUGUCUGGAUCGUUCAAGGAAGGGAAAAACUCGUUGCGGAGACGCGGCUCCGCGAGGCAACCGAGCAUGGACGCCGACGAGUUCAUGAAUCUGUUGCACGGUUCGGAUCCAGUGAAGGUGGAGCUUAAUCGUCUCGAGAAUGAAGUUCGAGAUAAGGACAGGGAAUUAUCAGAAGCACAAGCCGAGAUCAAAGCGUUGAGGCACUCUGAACGACUCAGAGAAAAGGCCGUGGAAGAGCUGACAGAAGAACUAUCAAAGGUUGAUGGCAAGCUAAAAUUAACAGAAUCUCUUCUAGAAACCAAAAAUCUUGAAAUAAAGAAAAUCAAUGAUGAAAAGAAAGCAUCAAUGGCAGCUCAGUUUGCUGCUGAAGCUACUCUUCGAAGGGUACAUGCUGCUCAAAAGGACGACGACAUGCCCCCAAUAGAAGCAAUUCUUGCUCCUUUGGAGGCUGAACUAAAGCUUGCCCGGCAAGAGAUUGCUAAAUUACAAGAUGAUAACAAAGCCUUAGACCGUCUUACCAAAUCCAAAGAAGCGGCACUACUUGAAGCUGAAAAGACUGUUCAGGUUGCCCUGCUUAAGGCCUCCAUGGUGGAUGAUCUCCAAAACAAAAAUCAAGAGCUGAUGAAACAGAUUGAGAUUUGCCAGGAAGAAAAUAAAAUACUGGACAAAAUGCAUAGACUAAAGGUGGCAGAGGUUGAAAAGCUCACCCAAACUGUAAGGGAGUUAGAAGAGGCCGUCCUUGCUGGCGGUGCAGCUGCAAAUGCAGUUAGAGAUUAUCAGAGGAAAGUUCAAGAAUUGAAUGAGGAAAUAAAAACUCUUGAACGAGAGUUAGCCCGCGCCAAGGUAUCAGCAAACAGAGUAGCUGCAGUGGUUGCAAAUGAAUGGAAAGAUUCUAAUGAUAAAGUAAUGCCUGUCAAACAAUGGCUUGAAGAACGUCGAUUCUUGCAAGGGGAAAUGCAGCAACUUCGUGACAAACUUGCUAUAGUUGAGCGCAGAGCAAAGUCUGAAGCACAGUUGAAAGAAAAAUAUCAAUUACGGCUUAAAGUGCUAGAAGAGAGUUUGAGGGGGAAUUCUAAUGGCAGUAAUCGCAGCACCCCAGAGGGAAGAAGUGUGAGCAAUUCUCGUCGGCAAUCUCUAGGUGGAGCUGAUCAUUUCUCAAAACCAACCUCAAAUGGGUUUUUGCCUAAGAGGUUACCAUCCUUUCAAUUAAGGCCAUCUUUAUCGUCUAGCGCAGUAUUGAAGAGUGCCAAAGGAACAUCUAAAUCUUUUGAUGGGGGCACAAGGUCACUGGAGAGGAGUAAAAUGCAGCUGAAUGGAGCAUCUCAAAGCCAUUCUUUUAACGAAUCUCUUGAAGAAACCAGAGAGAGAGAAGCAGAUGUUAAUUGGAAAGAAGAUUCAGAUGAUAAGGCAAAUGAAUUCCCAACAGUGGAUACAGAGGAUAGUGUUCCAGGUGUUUUACAUGAACUCCUGCAGAAAGAGGUCAUGGCCUUGAGGAAAGCUGUUAAUGAGAAAGAUCAAAGCCUAAAAGAUAAAGAUGAUGCUAUUGAGAUGCUAGCAAAGAAGGUAGAUACAUUAACCAAAGCCAUGGAAGUUGAGGCAAAGAAGAUGAGAAGGGAAGUAGCUAACAUGGAAAAGGAGGUAGCUGCUAUGCGUGUGGAGAAAGAACAGGAGAGCAGAGCAAAGCGGUUCAGCAAUAUAAAGGGCCCUGUAAACAGUGCUCAGAAUCAGCUAAUAUCUGGAAGAAGUGUUACACGUGGAGGGUUAACACGCAGCACACAAUAA